CUCCGGGGAAGAGCGGCUGCAGCCCCGGCUGGAGGGGGGCAAAGAUGAGCCCGCAGGGCCCGGCAGUGGCCCCCAGGGACACACCAGCUCCUGCUCCCCCCUGCCUCUUCCUGGGCAGGGGAUGAGACAGAAACUGAGGUCCAGAGAAGGCUGGCAACUUGUCCAUGGUGAUGAAGCCUCGUAAGUAUCAGAACAGAGUCCUGAACCCAGAUCCCAUGGCUCCAUUUCCAGAGCUUUUUCCCUCCCAAAUCACUUUCCCUUAGUCUCCCCAGUUCAAGGGCAGGACACAGGCCACUUGGAUUCCCAGGGCCAUGGCAUAGCCCUUGGGGGCAGAUGGCCAACAGGACUGAGCUAAAUGAGACUUUGGGGGCAGGGUCCCCAUCAUCCCGCCUGGUCGGACUCAUCCCGGCUGCCUUCCUGGAGGUGGUGACCCUUCUGGCCAAUGGAACCAUGCUGGUUGUUCUCCUCCGCACCCCUGCCCUCCGAAAAGCCAUCUACCUUGCCCACCUCUGCCUGGUGGACCUUUUGGCUGCGGUCUCUGUGAUGCCCCUGGGCCUGCUGGCGGCCCCACCGGGCCUGGGAACUGUGUACCUGAGCCGGGGCCAGUGCAGAGCUGCCCGCUUUGUCACCGCCACCUUGGUGUCAGCCUGCACCCUGACUCUGGCUGCUCUGGGCCUAGAGCGCUACCGCUACAUCCUGCACCCGCUGAGACCCCGGCCACGGCCCCCACCAGCCUUGGUGCUGGGGGGCGUGUGGGGCGUGUCUGGCCUCCUGGGGGGGCUUUCCCUCCUGGGCCGGCCUCCUCCAAACUGCUCCCUGGUGGCUGGCCCCCCGGGGCCUUUCCGGCCCCUCUGGGCCGUCCUGGCUUUUGCUCUCCCUGCUCUGCUCCUCCUGGUCUCCUAUGGAAGCAUCUUCCGUGUGGCAAGACUGGCAGCCCUGCGCCCACCGCCCCCUGCUCCCGGCCCCCGGCCCCGCUCAGACUCCCUGGACAGCCAUCUGUCCAUCCUGCCGCCCAGGCCGGCUGGCCCACACCUGGUAGGGGGCAAGGCAGCCCUGACGUUGGCACUGGUCGUGGGCCAGUUCCUUGGCUGCUGGCUGCCCUUCUUUGCUGCGUGUCUGCUGCCUGGUCGGUGGAGCAUAGGGGUGGAGGUGGCCCUCACCUGGCUGGCCUACUCUUCCUUUGCUGCCCACCCUUUCCUCUACGGCCUCCUGCAGCGGCCAGUGCGUGAGGAGCUUAGCCGUCUGGCCCGAGCCUGGCUCCAAGCAGUUCCAGGGCCCUGGCACUGCCCACCAGGAGCUUGGCUCCCCCAGAGCUUCCUGAAGCUCCUCCGGGGUGACCCAGAGAGCCCAGCCCUGGAUCCUUCUGCUGGCCAGGAAGCCAACACAAUGACUGCAGAGGGGCCUGGCCUGGACCAGGGAGAGACCACCUGAAAGAGGAGACUGUGCGGGGAGAAAGGCAGAGCAGGGGAAUCCUGUGAUAUGAGAGAUGGAAGCCAGCCAGCAAGUCAGACACCCCCCUGCCCAGAAGUUGUCAUGGUGUUCUUGUGCCGUGUCCAUCCUGAGCCUCCAGGCCUCUGCUAGCGACCAGAGUCCCCGAGGAGUCUCUGUCCCCGCUGCGUCGUACCAUGAGCCUCCCCUGAGCCCAGCCAACCCAGCCCCUCUCUGCUCCUCAGAGGAUGCAGUCUCCCCCCUCCCCCAUCUCCCUGGGCCCUCCUUCCCCAAGGCCUCCCAACCUGGCAGUGGGGAGUAAAGGACUCCUCCCUGUACUCCAUCCUUCACUGCUGCCCAGCAUCUCCUGCCCAGACCCCCACCCCUACCCUGUGCUCAGAUCAGCAAGGUUUCCUGCACUGCCUCAAGGAGGUAACUAGAGGAGGCAGCAGAAGCCUUCUCCGGGUUGGGAUUGGCUUUAAGACUCCAGCAUAUUCUGGGAAAGGGUCACCACCCUGGCGCAGGUGCCUGGAAAGGAUGACCUUGAAGUCCCUGGCAGCCAGAGGAUCGAUGCCUGGGAGAAGGAUAAAAAGUCAGGCUGGACUGGAUGGGGCCAAGAGCCAGAUCCAGGACUGCAGGAUCAGGGAUCCUCAGACAGCUGCUGGGCCUGGGGGCAGAGAGCCGCUGGGGGGAGAGACAGUGAGGUGGCCCUUGGGCCAUGGGAAGGUGUGGGAAAUGUGUGCUGUUCACAAUGACCUCCGUCUCACCUCCCCGCCCCCUUCCCCGAGUCACACUGGAGACACCCAGGUCACCGAGAAUAUUUA